AUGGAGUGUGGAAGGGGGCUCCUUCAUGGAAGGUGGCCGAACUCAUCACAUAUACUUUUUCAACACGGAGAAGAACUGUCUUUCACAACAAGUCCGUUCCAACCAGCCCCCCUCCAGCCUCGACGCGCCUGUCUGUCAUCAUACGGCACAGAAACAGAACCCCCAACCACGACCGGCGACCGCGCACCGCCCGGCCCAGAUCCCCGCCCGCCGGCAGCGACCAUGGCGACGGCCAAGGCCGCCGGCGACGAGCCGGCCCUCGGCAUCCCGUACAACCCGGCGCAGGCCCAGGGCAGCUACUACUACCCGCCGGACCCCUACGCGGCGGGGCGGGUGCCGCCGAACGCGAUCUACGCCGGCGCGCCCAAGGGGGUGCCCCUGCAGCACACCAUGUUCCGCGACACGCCCGCCCCCUUCCACUGCCAGUCCUGCGGCGACGCCGCCGUCACCUCCGUCCGGUCGAAGCCGAGUGUCGCAUCAGUUGUGGCUUGCAUGAUGCCGUUCUUUCUGGGCGUGUGCUUCCUGUGCCCCUCCAUGGACUGCCUCUGGCACAAACAGCAUUACUGCCCCAGCUGUGGAGAAAUGGUGGCUGAGUUCAAGAAGGACGAUCCGUGCAUCGUCGUCGACCCAACCAGCUGGACCGAGCCAAGCUUUGCCGUGCCUGCUUAGAGCGCUCACAUGAACUGCCUGAUAUGAGUAUAUGAUAUAGUUUCCAACCGUGUGUUGUUCUUGUGUGAUCUGUACAUAAAUAAAAUGGCUACUUUGUCAUUAUAUCAUGUAGCAUGUUGUUUCUUAGUUUGUGUCCACCGUCUGCUGGGUAAUGCUUUGUAAUGAGUGGCCUACAUUGACAAUUUACUGCAGAAAUACCACGAGUGUGACCAGGCCGGAUUAGCUAUUCUUGCAAUGGGACAUUUGAUGAUAUUUUGGGGAUUGAUUAGCUUGUGCUCA